AUGGAUGACAAGCACGUGAAGGAAAAAUAUGCCCUUCAUGAAAAUAGAUACUCACCUACUGAAAUUGUCCUCCCCAGUAAAAACCAACCAACACUACCCAAACAACUCCAAUCGAGUCACUCCUUCUUCCUCAAGGAGCUGGUGACUCGUAUGAUGGGUAUUUCGGGAUCUUUGCUUUGUCAGCUACUGCUGGUCGCCUAUGCCUGGGGCGGUGCUGUGGCCUUUCUGGUGAUCUUAAAGUCGGGCAGACAACACGCGAAGCGAGCGAGCGACUGCGCAAGCUCCCGGAAGAGUUUGGUUCGGGUUCGAAAGAUAGGGAGGAUUUUGGUUGGUGCAUAA